AUAAUUUCUAUCUUCCGGAAAAAAGUGAAAUGUUUUAACUAAUUAUAUUUAUAUAUCAUUACUAUUUGCUUAUAUAACUAUGCAGAACAAGUGUUUUAUAUCAUGUUUUAAUAAAACAAAACACAUUUUCCAGUAUAGUCGAUUUUCAAUGAAAGUCCCUUCAGUUCCUGUUAAAACGUUAGAAAAUAAUGAAACAAAAAUUACUAAAGUUGAUGCGAACACAAUAUCAUUAAUAGAAAGACUUUCAUUGGUGAAAUGUGAUACAGCUGAAGGUGUAAAAGUUCUGGAAGAUUCUAUUGCUUUUGCUGACAAAAUCUUACAUAUAAAUACUGAAAAUAUUGAACCCCUAUACACUGUAUUAGAAAACCAAAACUUAAAUUUACGUGAGGACAAAAUAACACAGGGUAACUGUCAAAAAGAUAUAUUAAAAAAUGCAGUAUUAAAGGAAGAAGAAUAUUUCGUUGCACCACCAGGCAACAUACCAUUACAUGAAGUACAAGUAGAAACAAACACACAAAUUAAAAAUGAAAACUGAAAUUCAGAAGCUUCUAACAUUACAGAAGUUCUUUAGAAAUGUAAAAACUUUUGAAAAUAGAACAACUGUAGAUUUAGAAAAACCAAGUAAAAUUUUAGUCAAAAAUAUUCACAAUAGUUGGCUUAGAUCGAUUCACGGGAAAACUAUUCAACAUUUUCCUGUAUAUUUAGACAAGAAUAUUGCUAACAAGUAUGCUAAAACUUAUUACGGUGUUAUUUAUCAAGGCUUAUGUGAUACAAACCAAAUAGCUUUUGAAGAACGAGGUGAUGAAUAUGAUGUACAGAAUAAAGUUCAACUUAAACUCGAGCUUAUGGUCCCACAGCCUGAUGUUAUGCAAUAUUUCAUACAGUGGCAAAGAUAUAGAAAAUAUUGGUGGAGUUCGGUGACAACUACACCAAGCCUGUUUUCCAUAAAUGACAUGAAGCAUGGUGUUGGAAGAUCGGAUGUGAAUAUUAUAGCUAACUUUAAAUGGGGUCAACAAGUUGUUGAAUCUAUUAGUGUCAAUUCUAAUGGUUCAGAUACAUCACCCGAAAAUACAGUCAAAAAUACAUCCUGUCUCACUUGUACCAUGGGAUUGGAAACGGCAUAUGUAACUCUCCUCUUAGAUGGACUUUCAAAUGCAACUAAAGAAGAAUAUCUGAGACUUCACAACAAAAUGGCUCCUUAUAAAAUGUCCUUUGCAUUAGACAGCGAUGGUAUGAAUGAAGAACCUAAAGUAUUAAGUACACUAAAAGAUUUGGCUCAACUCCUCUUUCAUAAACUAAAAUCCAAGGAAAUAUCGGCCUGGCUGCCAAGUUUUACACUACCAUUGCAAUUACAGGUAAAAGAAAAUCUACAUUUGGGUGUAACAUAUACAGCAAUUUUAAAUGAAAAAACGUUAUCGGAUGGCAUCUUUCACUUAUUAAAUAGCAGUACAAUGCUAAAAGAACAAGUACAUGUGGCUGAUUUCGACAGUUAUGCGACAUUAUUAUGUAAAAAAUAAAAUAUCAAUUUUCAUAUAAUUUGUAUUAAGUAAAACAUCCAUUUUUUAACGUAAACAUUUGACGGUCAAGAUGAAAACAACUGAUUAGUUCACUUUCAAAUUUUAAUUCUUAUUGCAAGAAAUUACAUUAAAAUCUUAUAUGCUAUGUUUAAAGGAAAUUAAAUUUUUGAUCUACAUUAGAAUAUUAUAUAAUCAAUUAAAAUGUAGAUAUAAAAAAACUCAUAAUUCAUAUGAAAAAUCUAACCAUAUAUUCAUUUAUAUUUACGGUUUUACCAGUUUGUAAUAAAUAAUGCUAAAGUUAUAAGUUUAUGGUCUUUUAUUCACUAAGAGAUUUAUUUAACAAUUUUCUGAACUUUACCAACUAUUUGUUUCUAAUUCUAGCAUUUAAGUUGCAUAACAUUUUAUCAGAUAGGUUAAUAGGCACUUCUGAAAUUAGUUAUGUAUUUGAGCUACCAUCAAAUUAAACUGGUUUAAAAUUGUUUUUAGUUCAAAUAAUAAAAUAAGG